ACAGAUGGUAUCAUUUUUCGCAACAUAAGGCGCUAUGCUCGAGCUCAUGAUGCAGAAAAUGAAAAAAAGUGGUGGGCUCGCUUAACAGCGACGAAGCGGAAAGACCUCACUCAACUUCUUCCAAACCACAAGCUUUCACUAGCAUUUGAUGCACUGAUUGAUUAUGCCGGUCUGUGGACGCCUAUCUGUCUAGGAACCUUACAUUAA